UUCCAAUUCGUUGAUUUCACCGCGGGUGUUUUCUUAAAAAAUUGCCACCCCUUAAAACAAAAAUAGAAAAAAGCGAGAGACACAUCAAAUGGACGCACCCAAUCUUAGUUACGAUUUUAACGCAGAUUCGGCACAAGAACAGAACAAAAAGACACGUAUAACGCCUACUUUGCAGAACGUGGUUGCAACUGUGAACUUAGAGUGUAGAUUGGAAUUGAAGGUGAUAGCGCUGCGCGCAAGAAAUGCAGAGUAUAACCCUAAGAGGUUUGCAGCUGUCAUCAUGCGUAUAAGGGACCCGAAGACUACGGCGCUGAUCUUCGCAUCUGGCAAGAUGGUGAUAACGGGGGCGAAGAGCGAGCAGGCAUCGCGCAUAGCAGCGAAGAAGUACGCGCGCAUUAUACACAAGCUAGGCUUUAACACGCAGUUCUCAGAUUUUAAGAUACAGAACAUCGUUAGCAGCUGCGAUACUAAGUUCAAUAUCAGACUGGAAGGACUUGCCUACGCACACUCGAACUUCUGUUCGUAUGAGCCGGAGCUUUUUCCCGGUCUCAUUUAUAGAAUGGUGAACCCGAAAAUUGUUCUCCUCAUUUUUGUAUCUGGAAAGAUUGUGCUGACCGGUGCAAAGGUAAGGGACGAGAUAUACCAAGCAUUUGAGAACAUUUAUCCUGUACUUACCAAGUAUCGCAAGACAUAGUGUAAUUUUAUGGCAGCAUUAAUAAAUG